UUGAACUAAUCGAUUUUCGGCAAAUACCGCGGAUUGCAUAUGUUUCGAAAUUAAAGAUAAAUAUUUAAGAAAAAGAUUGACUUAAAAUUACAAAAAAAUAUCACAAUUAUAAAAUAAUUAUAUAAUAUAAAUAUUAGCUUGUUUCGUUUAAAAACUAUUAUUGGAAGAUGACUUGUUCUUUUAUUCUUCAUCAAAAAACGAAGAAGAAUAUAUGCAAUCUUGAUUUCCGUAAUUCAUCGAAAUUUAUAUCUUUCCAUAUACUCGUUAUAUAAAUUAUAUAUGUGAAAUUUUAUCUUCUAUGCUCAAGUGUCAUUAUACGUUAAAAAUACCAAACAUAUUGUGAGAAUGUGUUCGCAAUGAUAGAGUGUAACUUUAAUCGGUAUUUGCAUUAUAUGCAAAAAGAGAUAUAUAAAUUCUAAUAUUUUGAUAUUUAAAUUCGUUUUUAAUCGAUCGAUAGAUCUUCAUCAUGGAUGCAUUUGGACGAAAAAUGUCCAAUUGGAACGUAUUAAGUGUAGAAACCGCUCUUCAACAACUGAAUACUUUCGAAGAGGAUUCUAAGGACUUUAUAACACGUUCAAAUACGACGAUAGAAAAACUUCCGGAUAAGGUGUUGCUGAAUAUCUUCAGUUACCUAUCUCAUCGCGAGAUAUGCAGAGUAGCACGUGUGUGCAAGAGAUGGCGGCAAAUUGCUUACGACACGCGAUUAUGGAAACACGUAUCUCUACGACCGGAAAUUAGUGGAUUGCACGUGAACUCGUUGGAUUAUCUACUUCACUUAAUCAGCACACGUUUUGGAGCUUCCUUGAGAUAUAUAGAAUUGCCGAUCGAAUUGAUCACACACACGGUUCUUCAUGAACUGGCAAACAAAUGUCCUAAUUUAACUCACAUGCUCCUUGAUUUUUCCACUGCCAUGCAACUGCACGAUUUUUCGGAAAUGCAAGCCUUCCCAACCAAGCUGAAAUACAUGUGCAUCUGCCUGUCAGAGGUAAUUUUCAUGGAGGGUUUUAUGAGAAAGAUUUAUAACUUUAUCAAUGGUUUGGAGAUUCUUCAUCUUAUAGGAACGUAUGAGAAAGUGGAAGAAGAAGAAGAAGAAAUUUAUGAAGUGAUAAACGUGCAUAAAUUAAAAUCAGCAACUCCCAACUUGCGAGUGAUUAAUUUAUAUGGGAUCAAUUUCGUAGAUGAUUCACACAUCGAUGCAUUUUCUUCCAAUUGCAUUCAACUCGAAUGUUUAGCCGUGAAUUUUUGCGCCAAAGUCACUGGCUCGACUAUGAAGACUCUAUUUCAAAGAAGUAGAAGAUUGAAAUGUCUUCUCAUGCAAGGAACAAAUCUCCAGAGUGAAUACGUGAUGCAAGUAGAAUGGGAAAAGUCGAGUAUCCAGGAACUUGAUGUGACUGCAACGGAUUUGUCAACGGAAUGUCUGAUCGACAUGUUGACCAGAAUACCAGGCCUUCGUUUCUUGAGCGCAGGUCAGUUGAACGGCUUCAACGAUAGCGUGUUGAAAGCCUGGGCCGAGGCUGGAAAUCCUCGAAACCUGAUUGCUCUGGAGUUGGAUAGUUCCGAUAAUCUGACCGACGAUGCUCUACAUAAAUUUUUAUCAAGAUACGGUCAUCAACUCUGGGGACUCUCCUUAUCCGGCAUGCCUCACAUCACCGAUCAACUAUGGCAAAGCGUAUUACCUAUAUUGACCAAUGCCAAAAUUCUCGUAAUGGGAACAGUAGAAAGAUUAGGCGUGAAUAUUCAUGUGGAUCAAUUAAUGGAUGGAAUUGCUAAUAAUUGUCCAAAUUUAGAGAGGUUAGAGCUUCGCUGGGAUCCAGAGAAUCUCCGAUUCUCCGACAAAAGUCAAAAAGCUAUAGAUAUACUACGUGUAAAAUGUAUUAAAUUACGAUGUUUAAGCUUGAGCGAUGGAAGAUACUAUGAAAUAGUUAAGGCUAAUUUCGAACGUGCUGACAGAUUGACGGUUGUUCGCACGACAACAUGCUGCCGCGUGUCUAGUUACUACCUCUUAGCCAAUUAUAAGGAUUUAAUUUUUAAUUAAUUUUUAUAACAUAUAUAUUUAUAAUACGAUGAGAGUGAUUCAUAGCUUUUCCAAAAGAUCAAAUUAUCGAAACGAAUAAGUAAAUUGAAAAGUUAAUGAACCAUGACAACUAUAAUGGAACAAAUUAUCUUCGAUUAUUUGUAGUAUUACUAUAAGAAGUCAUGCGCUAAAUAAUAGAUAUAUAUUUUUUUAUAUUAUUUUCAAGCGUGCAAUACAUGAGUAAAUAAGUUUAUU